UAAAAAUGGAUGAAAUGAAGCUACGAGAAACUUACAUCUGGAUGGAAGAGCUGCGUCUCGAUUAUUGGGCACAGAAAAACUUCCAUUUAAACAAUGAAAUGAGUAGUCUUUUUGAUGAACUCAAGAACUUGAGACACCAUUUCAUCUCAGACGAAAACUUUGAGCUCUCAAGCUAUUACCGAAAGUUCAGGCAGAUGAAUAUCGUGCCUGAAGACCCAAAACAAUUUGCCAUCAACUACAGAGGGUUUAUUAAGAGCAUGAGUCUGACUCGGGCAAUCAUGAAGAAGUUUAGAAAUUGCAAUUUGAAAAUCUUUAAAAUCGGAAAAGUUUAUAAUGAAGGAGCUCUCAGAUAUAGCAAGCACCUGACUCCGAAGUUGGAGAUCCAUAGAUUCUACGAAGGCUUAGCCCCUGUUUUGGAGAAGACACUUAAGUCAACCUACUUUGACUCUUUCGUCAUCUCAAGAAGAAUCUUGGGCAGAAUAGUGUCUUCUGUGACCAUGAGUGAAGAGCUCACUUUUUCGCAUUGUGAUUUGGAAACCAAGGAAGUCACUGUGAGUCCAACAGCAAGGUUUGGCAUGAGAUAUCUGAUAUUGGAGGAUUGUAUUGAUUCAAAGUCUCCAGGGAGAAAGUGAGAUGUAGAUCUGAUCAGGUCCAUUCUUCAAUCAGGUCUGUUCUAUUCGCUGUGAAAGGUUUAUCUUACUGCUUGCAAAUAUACUCCUACUGAAUUGAGAAGAAUGUUAAAGACUUUGCCAGCUUCGACUCUGCAAUGUAAGUCUCAAAGCAUUCAGUCUUUGGUGAUAGUGGAUAAAGGAGUUGAGAAGGUAAUAUUAGUCAGGAUAAAUGAAAACGACAAGUCAAAACAGAAGUGAGCUAUUUUCUAAAACUUUCAAUAAUA